CAGCGCGCGAUAACGAAUCCUGUUCUUAAGAUAAUUUAUCACGAUGGCUUUUCCUCUUCCAACGUACUCCGGGGCACAGCGACGGCGGGUCAGCCACUUCCAGGAGUGGACGGUGCCGCGCUGUGACGCCAGCAUCGCCUACGUGAGGCUGUCCCCGAGGGUGACCAGGGCCGUUCAGCAACGUCUUGAGGUGGAUCUGGACCGCUCGUACGGCCAGCUGUCUAGCACCCUGACCCGGGGCGACCACGAGGCCCUGGAGGACGCGAUCGCCGACGUGGUCCUUCUGACGCACCUGCAGGAGUGGAUGGAAGUCGGCUCCACGGAUCCCAGAGAACCAACGAGUCAUUUGACGAGGUCUUCGCCAGGGAGCAGGAGAGAUUGAUGGAUGGAUUAAUCGAUGCUGGAAUGGUCUGCGUGGGAGUGAAUGUGGAAGCUGGUAUAUACUUGCAAUUUUUCAUCCAUGAUUGUUUUUGUGUGUUGUGAGCCUUUCU